CUGACUUUGUGACUGUGGUAACGACCAAACUCCUCAACACGUAAUCUAUAAAUGCGACGCUGGAUGAUGACGUUUGAGUUUAGGACAUAAACAACAUGGAUGAGAGAGAAGCGCUGAAAAGGCAAAUCGAUCUGUUGCAAAAUCUCAUCAAUAACCAUAGAAGUAUCCAUGGGGAUGCCCCUUCUUGUUCUGGCCAGCAGUGGCACCCAGCGAGACCACCAGCCCGAGGCAGGAGUCCCAGCUCAUUUUUCAGCCCCACAUUCCCCUUGCGUGGUGGGCCUCACCCCCCUCAACCCACAGGACACUGGAGGAAGAGCUACACCCUCAGUAGCAAGACCAGCUCAUCCCAGCACAGUAGACCUACUACACAGACUGCCAAGCCCUCUCUAGGGCAGCAGGGUAGACCAAUACAGAUCACCAAGCCCUCUUUAGAUUCUGCAGCACCCAACUCCUCUACUGGCUUCCUGUCCCUUCAUGCUGCAGAUACCUUACAGUCCAGCCACAGCAGUACGGACCCAGCUAGAGAGAAGGAUGGAACAGAAUGGGCUACGUCUAGGGAUCUAACAGGGCCAAAGGGCCAGCAGUACGCACUCACAGGGGGAGUGAGAAGAUCUAUGACGGGGACAGGCAGUGGAUCCACAGCUAUAGAGACAGAGACUGAACCCGGCAGAGGAAGGACAGGACCUGGGGGCAAGGCUGGGCUGGGAGUUAUGGAGCUUAAAGGGCCUGGACCUCCAGAGGACCAGCAUAGAGAAACAAAACAUGAUAUUCAGGCCAAGAUUCAAGCGAAGAGCAUCGGACUGGGACUGCCUCUGAUAAUGACCGCCCCUGGACAAAUGGAUUUGUCAGGUGUCCCUGCCAAAACGACCACCACUGCCACCAGGGUUCAGAGCACUGCUCAGCUACAUAUUAAACAUUGCGUGACUGGGAAAACCAAUACAGCAGCUAAGCAGGUUGUCCCCGAGGCAACCUCCAACUGCAACCCCACCCCUAGCGAUGCCAAUUCACUUCCUCUACCCCUUCCACCUCCUCUCUCUGCUCCCCCUACUGCCUAUCUCCGUCCCAGGUCCAAGCUCACCCCAGCCCAGCCAGCUUCCUCUCGCCAGAACCACUCCAAGUUUACAUGGGUGAAGAGCCAUCAGCCAGGAGGAAUCAGGCCCAGCCAGGCCAGAAUAGAGUCCCGGUGCCCAGAAAAUCUAAUCACAUCUGUCACCACCACAGUCUCCCAUUCUGGAGUCCCUAGCAGUUUCUCAUCCAGCCCCAGUUCCAGUAGGAAAGCCUUUGCCCCCAGAAAAAAGGUUGCCCGUAGGCUCAGUUUAUCCACUGCAGUCCCUAAGACCUCCAAGUACACCUGGGUGUCCUCCGCUGCAGGGGUCCAGGCUAGGCUGUCCCGGAAGCCUCUCUCACCCAAAGACCUGGCACUGGCUCUGCCCCAGAGAGCUGCAGAGGGGUUGGAUACCAAGAAACCAAAAUCCCCAAAUCCUUUAACCAAGCAGCGUAAGGCAGCACCGGCCUCCUGCUCUACUACCCUCAGUAGUCGCUACUGCUGGAAGGCAGCUUCUGGGGGAGUGGGGCAGACUGGCUCCGGGACAGGGUCCAGAGGUGGGUCUCUGUUCCGCUGGACUUCUGAGAAAGAGAAUGGGGCCAAGGGGGGGUCCAGUGUCCCUCCAUCUGUAACUCAACGCACCGCCUCCUCUUCCCCUGGAGGGUUCAAACUCAGGAGCAGGAUGAAGAUCAUCAGGAGGUCAGUUAGCAGUGGGUCUGGGGCAGAACGGAGAUCCAGCCCAGCAGCCAUGACCCUGAUCAGCCGCUACUCUCUGCGCCUUAGGACACACACUCCGGUCCGGACACAAACUGCAGUGAGGACACGCACCCUUGUCCAGAGCCCGGGGGGUGUGAAGAGGACCCCGUCCCUUGAACUGGUCUCAUUUGGCAGACACAAGCUACGACGUCUCUCCCCCAACCCCUCCAGGACAGGUCCCGCCUCUCUGUCGAUGCAUAGCCAAUUGUCUCAGCGGGUUUUCAGGACGCGCUAUAAGAUAGUGACGCGCCUGGGCGGAGCCACCUCGCACACACCCCACAAUAGCCACGCCCUCUCCUGGAGAGCCAAGAGAAUCCAUACGGCCAGGAGUGUGCUCCAGAGUCGUCUGCGUCCCCCCGGACAGGACAGGCACCCCCCGGCCCAACACUGGAGAGGCAGAGGGCUGGGCAUGCGCUGGAUUGGCGGAAACCUUUACAGUGUCUCAGCCAAUAAGCUGUCCCGCACUGUGACAACCAAUGCGCCAAUCAACAGGACAGUGCGGUUGUCCAGUCCACAGGAAGUCUCCCACACCACCUCUAGCACUCUCAUCCGGCCCUCCAGCACUCGUUUUGUGGCUAGUCGUGCGGUUCAGAGGAGUCUAGCCAUCAUCAGGCAUGCUCGUCAGAAGAAGUCCCAGAAGCAGUACUGUAUGUACUACAACCGCUUUGGCAAGUGUAACCGUGGCAACACCUGCCCUUACAUCCACGAUCCUGAUAAGGUGGCCGUCUGUACCAGGUUCCUGAGGGGUACCUGUAAGCAGACAGGUGGGACCUGUCCAUUCUCCCAUAAGGUGGCCAAGGAGAAGAUGCCUGUGUGUUCGUACUUCCUGAAGGGUAUAUGUAACAACAGUAGCUGUCCCUACAGCCAUGUCUAUGUGUCCCGCAAGGCUGCUUUGUGCCAGGACUUCAUCAGGGGAUACUGCCCUCAGGGAGAGAAGUGUAAGAAGAAGCACACCCUGGUGUGUCCAGACUUCUCCAGUAGUGGCUCCUGUCCUAGAGGGACCCAGUGUAAGCUCCAGCACCGUCAGAGGGCCAAACGCACCGCUCCUAACCCCAACACAGGCCCCUCCGCUGCCCCGGCCAAGAAGGCCCGCACCAAGAGGCCUAGCCUGUCAGUGGUCCUACCUGAUAACCAGGCGGCAGAGGGUUCUGCUCAGGCAGAUCCAGGGACACCCUCGUCUUCUUCCUUGGCUCCUCACAAGACCAAGCUCCCGUCGUUCAUCUCCCUCUCUAGCUCCCCCGAAGACACAGACGCCCCGGACACGCCCCCUGCCGACGGGGCAGAGGUCACAGAGAGAAUACUGCAGAUCAAGCCUCGACUCUAGAACUACAGGAACUAGAAUGGAUACUGCCUGAAGACCAAAUGAGCUUUGAAAAUACUACAGAGACGUAUGUAUUGAAUGCUUAUGGAAGCUCUGACGUUUCUCAGACCCAUAUCUGUAUCUGCUCUCAACCAUACUCAGGGUCUUUAAUGUAGCUCAAAGUUUGCUUUAUGGACUCAUACAUUUCAUACAGCAAUGAUGUUUGUAAUGCAGAUUGAAUUGAUAUUUGAACAUGUUUUGUUUUUUUGUAAAUUGGAGCUUGAUGAAUUUCGAAUAAAAUGUAUUAUUACUGUA